GCCACCACCCGCCUCCACUCCUCUCCCUCCACGAAACUUCCCUCCCGAUCCUGCUGCUUCCCUCCACGCGCCGCACCACACCGGAGAGCGGACACGCUGCAACCAGCCAGCGGCAGCAAUGGAGGAGAGAAUUAUCAUCCCCCGGCGAGGAGAACCGCAAGACCAGAAUCAGACCGCCGACGCAGCCCCGGCGGUUUCGUGUUCGUCGGGGGAGGAGUCGACGGACGGGGAGUCGGAGCCCGACUUCGAGUUCGAGUUCCCGUCGCUGCUCGGCAGGGACCACGGCUCCCCCGCGCCCGCCGACGACCUCUUCGCCGACGGCCGCAUCCGCCCCGCCGCCUUCUACCCCGUCUUCGGCCGCCGCCCGUCAGCGCGAGCAAGUUCAGCGGGGGACGUCGACGGCCUCCCACCGGCGCCGACGGAGCGGAGGACGAGGGGGCAGCUCGGGCGGCUCUUCCUCGAGGAGACCCGCGCGUGGAACAGCUCCUCGUCGAGCAGUAGUACGGGGUCGACGGCGUCCACGUCGUCGUUGUCGUCCGCGGCCACCACUGACGACGGGGACGGCGACGGUGGCCUCGAGGGCGCUGCGCCGGAGAGCUACUGCGUGUGGGCGCCCGGCGGCGGUGGCGGCGGCAAGUCGUCGGAGUCCCCGCGGCCGCCGCGGGCCGGGAAGAGCGGGUCCACGGGGUCGUCCGUGGCGCGGUGGCGCCGCAUCAGCGACCUCGUGGUCGGCCGCAGCCAGAGCGACGGCAAGGAGAAGUUCCUCUUCCUCCCCGUCAACCCGCCCAAGCAGCAGCAGGAGUCCAAGCCCAAACCCAGGCCGAACCCGGCAGCCGGCGGCACCAAGAAGAAGGGCAGCGAGAUCGGCACGGUGGCCGCCGCACACCGCAUGGCCUACGGCGCCAAGGCCGGCGUUGGCGUCGCCGCCAACGGAGCCACGCCGCGGCGCACGUUCCUGCCGUACCGCGAGGAGCUGGUGGGUUUCUUCGCCAACGUCAACGGCAUCAGCCGGAGCCACGCGCACCCCUACUGAUCAACGACCGACGACGACGACGACGCCGGUCGGCCCCGGCCGGGGAGAUUAUUAUUAAUCGGCGAUUCGUAUUCCCUUCGUGUUUGAACGUUGAAGCUUGGAUUUUUUGAGCCGGUGAUCAGUGUGUAGCUAGGUUAGUACCCAUACCAGUAUGUGAUUAAUCAAUUGAUUAGUUAGUUAAGCGGUCCAUGGAAAUUAGUAAAGAUUGGCGUGGGGUGUGAACAGUGGUGUGAAACGCGGGGCACAUCGCCGACCGUCGCGCAUCACCGGCGACGGAGGUGAGGUGUGAACGGCAGCGUGUGGUGGCGAGUGAGGACACAUCUUUUCGAUCAUGUUUCUUCUCCUUUUUUCUUUCUUUUUCCUAUGCUGCAACAGAGUUUGUACGUACAUUCCUGAGAGCUAAUACGUACUUCGGGUGGCCAUGAAUGCAUCAGAGCGAAACUAGUGACGGUUGCGUCAGUGAUAAAA